AUGCCGCGCAGCCCGACGUCCAGUGAGGACGAGAUGGCCCAGAGCUUCUCGGAUGACUCUGGGGGCUCCGAGACGGACAGCUCCAAGGAGGAGACCAUCUAUGACUCCAUCCGGGCCAGGGCGGAGAAGCCGGGCGGGGCACGCGUGGAUGAGAGCCAGGCGAGCACGCUGGUCAUCCGUGUGGUCAUCCCAGACCUGCAGCAGACGAAAUGUAUCCGCUUCGACCCGGACGCCACCGUGUGGGUGGCCAAGCAGCGCAUCCUGUGCACCCUGACCCAGAGCCUGAAGGAUGUACUCAACUACGGGCUGUUCCAGCCGGCCAGCGGCGGGCGUGACGGCAAGUUCCUGGACGAGGAGCGGCUCCUGCGCGAGUACCCGCAGCCCACAGGCGCGGGCGUCCCCUCGCUGGAGUUUCGGUACAAGAAGCGGGUGUACAAGUCCAGCCUCGACGAGAAGCAGCUGGCCAAGCUCCGGUCCAAGACCAAUCUGAAGAAGUUCAUGGAUCAUGUCCAGCACCGAUUGGUGGAGAAGAUUGCCAAGAUGCUGGACCGAGGCCUGGAUCCCAACUUCCAUGACCUGGAGACCGGAGAGACCCCGCUGACCCUUGCUGCUCAGCUGGACGACCCCACUGAGGUCAUCAAGGCUCUGAGGAACGGCGGGGCGCACCUGGACUUCCGCGCCAAGGACGGAAUGACCGCCCUGCACCGCGCUGCUCGCUGCCGCAACGCUGUGGCCCUCAAGACGCUGUUGGAGCUCGGGGCCUCCCCCGACUACAAGGACAGCUAUGGCCUCACGCCCCUGUACCACACGGCCAUCGUGGGCGGCGACCCCUACUGCUGCGAGCUUCUGCUGCAUGAGCAUGCCAGCGUGUGCUGCAAGGACGAGAAUGGCUGGCACGAGGUGCACCAGGCCUGCAGGUACGGGCACGUGCAGCACCUGGAACAUCUGCUCUUCUACGGGGCCGACAUGAGCGCCCAGAACGCCUCGGGGAACACGGCACUGCACAUCUGCGCCCUCUACAACCAGGACAGCUGUGCCAGAGUGCUGCUGUUUCGAGGGGGAAACAAGGAGUUGAAAAACUACAACAGCCAGACGCCAUUUCAGGUGGCCAUCAUCGCGGGCAACUUCGAGCUGGCCGAGUACAUCAAGAACCACAAGGAGACUGAUGUUGUGCCCUUCCGAGAGGCCCCGGCCUACUCCAACCGCAGGCGGCGGCCCCCCAACACACUGGCUGCCCCCCGGGUCCUGCUGCGUUCCAACAGCGACAACAACCUCAAUGCCAGUGCACCCGCCUGGGCCGUGGGCCCCGCGGCCCCCGCCCACCGCAGCCUGUCGCCCCAGCUGCUGCAGCAGAUGCCAGGCAAGCCAGAGAGUGCCGUGAAGACCCUUGCGAGCUACAUUCCUGGGCCCCGCAGCCGGUCCCCGUCACUCAACAGACUGGGCGGUGCCAACGAAGACAGCACGCGGUCCCAGCAUUGGCACGUGGGGUCACCUUUUGCCCCUGGUCCCAGCAAAGAUGCCCUCUCGGCUUCUGAGUGCCCGGGGCCCAGGAGGAAGCUGUACAGCGCGGUGCCCGGCAGGCUGUUCGUCGUCGUCAAGCCAUACCAACCCCAGGUCGACGGCGAAAUCCCCCUUCACCGCGGUGACAGGGUCAAAGUUCUUAGCAUCGGCGAAGGCGGCUUCUGGGAAGGCAGUGCCCGUGGCCAUGUUGGGUGGUUCCCGGCAGCGUGUGUGGAGGAGGUGCAGUGCAAACUCAAGGACAGCCAGGCAGAGACCCGCGUGGACCGCAGCAAGAAGCUCUUUAGGCACUACACGGUCGGCUCCUAUGAUAGCUUCGACGCCGCCAGCGACUGCCUCAUCGAGGAGAAGACGGUGGUGCUGCAGAAGAAAGACAGCGAGGGCUUCGGCUUCGUGCUCCGGGGGGCCAAAGCCGACACGCCCAUUGAAGAAUUCACACCCACGCCGGCAUUCCCAGCCCUGCAGUACCUGGAGUCUGUGGACGAAGGCGGGGUGGCAUGGCAAGCCGGACUGCGGACUGGGGACUUCCUGAUUGAGGUCAACAAUGAGAACGUGGUCAAGGUCGGCCACAGGCAGGUGGUGAACAUGAUCCGCCAGGGAGGGAACCACCUGGUCCUCAAGGUGGUCACGGUCAGCCGGAGCCUGGACCCCGACGACACGGCCAGGAAGAAAGCGCCCCCGCCUCCAAAGCGAGCCCCGACCACGGCCCUCACCCUGCGUUCCAAGUCCAUGACCUCGGAGCUAGAGGAGCUCGUGGACAAAGCCUCAGUUCGGAAGAAGAAGGAUAAACCUGACGAGAUCCUGCCGGUGGCCAAGCCCUCCCGGACCGCCGAGAGUGUGGCUGUGGAGUCGAGGGUGGCCACCAUCAAACAGCGGCCCACCAGCCGGUGCUUCCCAGCGACCUCGGACAUGAACUCCGUGUACGAACGCCAAGGCAUUGCUGUGAUGACACCCACUGUUCCCGGGAGCCCUAAAGGCCCGUUUCUGGGUCUCCCUCGAGGUACGAUGCGAAGGCAGAAGUCCAUAGACAGCAGAAUCUUUCUCUCAGGAAUAACUGAGGAAGAGAGACAGUUCCUGGCCCCUCCGAUGCUCAAGUUCACGAGAAGCUUGUCCAUGCCGGACACGUCGGAGGACAUCCCCCCACCUCCCCAGGCGGUGCCCCCGUCUCCACCGCCACCUUCCCCGACCACCUACAACUGCCCCAAGUCCCCGGCUCCCAGGCUCUACGGGACAAUCAAGCCCGCGUUCAGUCAGAAUCCCGCCGCCAAGGUGUCCCCGGCCACCAGGUCGGACACGGUGGCCGCCGUGAUGCGUGACAAGGGCAUGUUCUAUCGCAGAGAGCUGGACCGCUACUCCCUGGACUCGGAGGACCUGUACAAUCGCAGCGCCGCCCCCCAGGCCACCUUCCGCAGCAAGCGGGGCCAGAUGCCCGAGAACCCCUACUCGGAGGUGGGCAAGAUCGCCAGCAAGGCCGUCUACGUGCCCGCCAAGCCGGCUCGACGGAAGGGCAUGCUGGUGAAGCAGUCCAAUGUGGAGGACAGCCCGGAGAAGACCUGCUCCAUCCCCAUCCCCACCAUCAUCGUCAAGGAGCCCUCCACCAGCAGCAGCGGCAAGAGCAGCCAGGGCAGCAGCGUGGAGAUCGACCCGCAGGCCGCAGAGCCUCCGGGCCCGCUGCGGCCCGACGACACCCUCACGGUCAGCAGCCCCUUCGCCGCCGCCAUCGCCGGUGCCGUCCGGGACCGGGAGAAGCGGCUGGAGGCCAAGAGGAACUCCCCCGCCUUCCUCUCCACGGACCUGGGGGACGAGGAUGUGGGCCUGGGGCCCCCCGCCCCCAGGAUACGGCCCCCCGACUUCCCGGAGGAGGGCGACUUCGGCGACGAGGAGGGCGCAGAGCAGCUGGCUCCCCCGACGCCGGGAGCUGUGUCCAGGGAGCUGGAGGAUCACUUCGCAGGUGGAGGCGAGGCCGGCGCCCAGGGCGAGGCUGGGAGGCCCCUCAACCCCCCACCCACAGCCAAGGGGCCCGAGGGCAGCCCCACGGCCGAGAGCUACGUGCACCCGCUCACCGGCCGGCUGCUGGACCCCAGCUCCCCACUGGCCCUGGCCCUCUCGGCCAGGGACCGAGCCAUGAAGGAGUCGCAACAGGGUCCCAAGGGGGAGGCCCCCAAAGCUGACCUCAACAAACCUCUCUACAUCGAUACCAAAAUGCGGCCCAGCGUGGAAGCCGGCUUCCCUCCGGUCACCAGGCAGAACACCCGGGGGCCCCUGCGGCGCCAGGAGACGGAGAACAAAUACGAGAGCGGCGCGGGCAAGGAGCGGCCCGCGCUCAUCGACAUCCUGGACGCUUCUCAGCGCAAGCCGGCCGGCCUGCUCAUGGUGCACACGGUGGACGCCAAGGCGGACGGCGCCCUGGAGGAGGAGGACGAGAGCGCGGACCUGGAGCCGGACGACUCGCCGCCCGAGGUGCCGGAAGGCGUUUCCGAAACCGGAGGUGCUUUACAGGUCGCCGCCGCGCCCGAGCCCCCCGCCACGCCCGGCAGGACCAUCGUGACGGCAGGCUCCGUGGAAGAGGCGGUGGUCUUACCAUUCCGCAUCCCUCCUCCCCCUCUGGCGUCCCUGGAUCUGGACGAGGAUUUUGUUUUUACAGAGCCAUUGCCCCCUCCCCUGGAAUUUGCAAAUAGUUUUGAUAUCCCUGACGACCGCGUGGCCUCCGUCCCUGCGCUCACGGACUUGGGCAAGCAGAAGAGAAACGACAUGGCCCCGACCCCUUCGGUCAGCUCGGCCGACGGCAAGAAGCAGGCCGGCCUUUCCAACUGCCUGCCCGCCUCGCUCCUGCCGCCCCCGGAGAGCUUCGACGCCGUGGCCGACUCCGGCAUCGAGGAGGUGGACAGCAGGAGCAGCAGCGACCACCACCUGGAGACGACCAGCACCAUCUCCACCGUGUCCAGCAUCUCCACGCUGUCAUCGGAAGGCGGGGACAACGCUGACACCUGCACGGUCUAUGCAGACGGGCAAGCGUUUGUGGUGGACAAGCCCCCGGUACCGCCGAAGCCGAAAGUGAAACCCCUCAUCCACAAAAGUAACGCCCUCUACCAGGACGCGCUCCUGGAGGAGGACGCGGACGGCUGCGGGGUCCCCCCACCCGCGCCCGCGCCCCCGCCGCCCCCGGGAGGGAUCCCGCCGGCCAUAGCCAAGGUCCUCCAGCCGCGAACCUCCAAGCUGUGGGGCGACGUCACGGAGGUCAAGGGCCCCAUCCUCUCCGGCCCCAAGGCCAAUGUUAUUAGUGAAUUGAACUCAAUCCUGCAGCAAAUGAACCGAGAGAAGGCGGUGAAGCCCGGGGAGGGCCUGGACUCGCCGGCCGGAGCCAAGUCCGCCAGCCUCGCUGCCAGAAGCCCAGAGGUCAUGAGCACUGUCUCAGGUACACGGAGCACGACGGUCACCUUCACCGUCCGCCCCGGCACCUCCCAGCCCAUCACCCUGCAGAGCCGGCCCCCCGACUACGAAAGCAGGACCUCAGGGCCGAGACGUGCCCCAAGCCCUGUGGUCUCGCCGACAGAGCUGAGCAAAGAGCUCCUGCCCGCCCCGCUCUCUGCCUCCGCGGCGUCUCCCUCCCCUGCCCUCUCGGAGGUCUUUAGCCUUCCGAGCCAGCCUCCUUCCGGGGACCUGUUUGGCUUGAACCCAGCGGGGCGCAGCAGGUCACCGUCCCCCUCGGUACUGCAACAGCCAAUCUCAAAUAAGCCUUUCACGACUAAGCCUGUGCACCUGUGGACUAAACCCGACGUGGCCGACUGGCUGGAGAGCCUGAACCUGGGCGAGCACAAGGAGACCUUCCUGGACAACGAGAUCGACGGCAGCCACCUGCCCAACCUGCAGAAGGAGGACCUCAUUGACCUGGGCGUGACGCGCGUCGGCCACAGGAUGAACAUAGAAAGGGCUUUGAGACAGCUGCUAGACAGAUAAGGGUGGCUGUGCCUCCCCC